UUUUAAAUCCCCAAUACGACAAUAACAUUCCCUGACUGUUCUGCGGCUUGAUUAUAGUUUUAUUUAAUUUCUUUCUAAAGUCAAUAUUCUCUAUUAAUAAUAGAAUAAUAUUCUUGUUUCUGUUUAGCGUGUCAAGGACUUGUAUCAGUGUUUAGUGUAAUUUCACCGAAAAAUCUAUUCAAACCGGACAAAGUAAACAAAUAAUUGAAAUAACCUUAUAAGGUACACGUGGAAGAACUUUUUUUCGGCUUUUUACUUAAAAAUAGAUGUGGGAGUAGUAUUCUGUGAUAAGUUGUAAUACAAAUAAGACAGUGUGCUGUGGGAUAUAAGAAUUGUGAUUUAAACUUUAAUUGUGUUAUUAAAAAUUAAUAAAAAAAGUGGAAAAUGAAGAGAAGGGAUUGUUUUAUAGUGAAUUUAAUUUGUUUAUUUAUUUGCUCAGCUGGGGCAUCUUUUUUGGCAACUCCUCCACAGAGUGCUUUAGUGGUGGCCUUUGAAGAUACGUACGAACUAUCAUUGCUGGCCAAUACUCUAUCAGAUCAGGGAAUUGAUACAACUUUAAUUGUUCCUUCAACGGCGAAUAUUUACGAAAAUUUAGUCGAAGUCGAAGUGCUCAAAAUUUUUUAUGAAGAAUCAUUUAAGCCAGAGGCAAAUGCGCUCAAAGCCUGCGAACAACUUCUUAGUGAUAAGAAAAUUUUAAAGCGAGUUCGAGAACUUCAACCCACUUUCACGAUAUUUCCAUCGAUUAGACACGAUGCGUGUUUAAUUCCCUGGGUGAAAUCGAUAAAAUCGAUUCCAGUUCUUUGGACUCUUGGCUCAAAUGAAGAAAUUUAUACAUUUCUGCAAACAGGCUCGGCAAUUCCGAUUAACAAUGAAGGAUUUAUGAUCACAAUGAUAUCAACUGUGAAAGAUAAAUUAUUCAUUUAUUCAAUUCGUAAUAAUUACAUUUAUCCUGCAUUGAAAUUAGUCUCGAAAUAUCUCCCCAAUAUUGAUAUCACACUGGAAAAUCUUUAUCAAGACGUCGAAUUAAUUUUAUGGGGAAAUGACGUUGUCUUCAAUACGAAUUUUGCUCCUUUAACUGAAUUAGUAGUGGAGGUUGGAUGUUUUCAUUGUCGAGGUGUUCAAGCGUUGCCUGAUGAUCUUCAAAAAGAAUUAGUUGAAUUAAGAUCGGGAACAAUUGUUUCCUUAUUAGACGAAAUUCAUUCGAGUCUUAUGGUUGAAUUGGCGAAAAAAUUACCGCAAGGAAGACAAGGACAGGCUCUCGUUUGGAGGCAAAAAAAUAUAACUUUGGAGACGAAACCAGAAAAUCUCUUCGUUCAUGAAAAAGUUGAUCGUCAAGAUCUUAUAGGCUAUCCGCGAACGAGAGUUUUAUUGUGUCACUGUGAAGAAACGGAACUUUUGGAAGCAGCGUUUCAUGGAACGCCGGUGAUAUGUUUCCCGAGGAACUUUGCAGAGAAGAAAAAUGCCUUGAACGGUUUGAAAUUGGGAUUUAUUUACUCGACGGAGGGUGAUUAUUCAAUUGAUCGCAUUCAAGGGUCAGUGAAUGAAAUUCACAAUUCAGCGAUGUAUCGUGAAAAUGCAAGAAAAGUUUCACUCGCCUUGAGGGACAGACCAACACCUGCAAUGGACAGACUUGUUUUCUGGCUCAAAUAUAUUGGACGCAUUAAAACCGAGGCAGAUAAUUUUCUUCUGCCCGUUAAGAAUAUUCAUACUUACGGUGAAGUAUGGCAAUUUUUCUACGGUACUGUCGUUGGCACAAUGCUCAGCGUUUUCAUAACGAUGCUUUAUUUUGCCACACGUUUCGCCGCGAAUAACGAACGUCAACACAAAUCUAGAGGAAAAUAUAAGAGUUAAAAAGCCAUUUUUUUUGCACCUCGCCAGCACUACAUUUCUUAAAACAAGAAUCGGGCACCUUUCGUCAGGAAAUUUUUCGGUACCUAGCCCGGAAUCUUUUAUUUCAAGGCGAUAAGAAAGGAGGAAAUACCAAAAGUAAAGGGAAAACGCAAGAAUUUUCCAUUGUGCACCACGUUUUUCAAGAGACGAAGAAUUGAAUUUUCCAGCCCGUCCUUGAAUUACUUAAUGUAAUUAAUUAGCAAACAUAUUUUUUUCUUUUUUUUCUACAUUCUUCAGUGAAAGAUGGAAAGGGAAAGAAGACUCCAAAAUACAUUGAAGCAUCAUUUAUUGGAAUUUCGCCGAGUAUUACGAUUUAAAUUUGUACAAUUUUUUAUUAAGUGCUAAUUUGUGAUGUUAUAUUAUUUAGCUAGGAAUUUUCAAACAAAAAUUAAAAAAAAAUGGAAUUACAUUAGCUAGGAAAAUAUAAUUUUAGUUUUACAAGAGGAUUAAAAAUACAGCGUCAUCUGGCAGCAUUUUUUCACCGAGGAGAAGGGUAAAAUGGACUAUGUAUGAAGCCAUCCCCGAUUUAUAUUUAGGACUUCUUUCCCUAAAGAGGAGAAAGUUGUUACUACUCUCCAAGGUGAAGAAGCUCCUUCUUGGAGAGAAAAGUAACAAGUGGAGAAGUAAGUCCCUGUGGGAGAGUAUGACGAUUCUGAGCUCCCACUUCUGAAGUCGUCCUCGAGGAGAGGGUUUCCGACUUCACUCCCCUCAAUUAGGAAAGUGGAAAUGAAACAAGUCUUUUUUUCCGACGGAGAAAACAGAGAAAACAACUUGAGAAAAAAAAGGGGGGGUGUAUGUAAUUUCUUUUUUUUUAUAGAUAUAGAGUAGAUAUAUUCACAGUGAAAUCCCUGGAGAUCGAAGUCGUCCCUUUUUGCUUCUUCUACGACUUCUUCUACGACUUCUUCUACUCAAAGAGAGUGAAGUCGACAACUUCUUUGAGGACGACUUCUUUUGGAGAAGGAGAGGGAGGGAGUACCCUCCCUCGACCCCUACUCAAGGAAGACAGAAGUCGUCAGGACCUUCUAGGACAACUUCAAGCUUUUUCUCCCAAAUAGGGGGAGUCGACAACGUCCUAUUUGGUUUUCCUAGGGAGAGACUCUUUAUUAAAGGAGAAAAAGAGAGAAAGUGAACAUCUUCUUCGUCUUAUUCGCCAGAAGUAAAGCAAUUUCUGCUACUAAGUGCUCAUAAAUUAGAGAGAAAUUACUAUACUACCUAGAGUAUAAGAGAAGUUAUUAACUGUUCUCCCCUAGAAGAAACUAACAAGUAACAACCCAAGUGUAAAUCUUGACUACUUCGUAGGGAAUGGAAAAAUAUUUGAUACGUAUUUUUUUUUAUUUUGUCAGACAUGCUAUUUUAGGGGUUGAAAAUCAAAAAAACCCUCAAAUGUGUGUAAAGUUUUAGUUUGGAAACAUAUUUCUAAUUCUGUUUAUUUGCAUGAAACUCUUUACUAUAGGGGGGGUUUUUAGGGUCUCUGAUCACAAGUCAGAUUUAAAAAAAUGUUACAAACUAAAAUUUUACACACUGAGGGUUUUUUUGAUUUUCAACCCCUAAAAUAGCAUGUCUGACAAAAUAAAAAAUACGUAACAAAUUUCGAUUCACUAUACGAAAUGGUCCAAGGUAAAUGGAUCCCAGUUUUACACUUGGGUAUUGUACUUGUAAGAAAUAAAUAGAAGAAAGAAAGUUAAGAAGAAAGAAUUUUGACUAACAAUCUCAAGCAGUUGCGAACUCACUUAACUAAUUUUAUAAUAAUAAUAAAGGCUUAAUUAUUUUUAAUAAUG